ACUCUCUCUCUCUCUCUCUCUCUCUCUCUCUCUCUUUCACACACACACACACGAUAACCUGUCUUCUACAACACACCAAAACUGUUCGCUUUUCCAUCAUGGCUGACCCCUACUCGAGUUACUUCAAUGGAUGGAUCAGCUUCAACCCUCUUCACCACUUCUCUCCUUCUCCUCCUCCUCCUGCUCCUCCUCCGACGAGCAAUUGCUGCAACUCUUCUCACCGCUUCUACUCCCUCUGUGACUGCGACCACGUCCUCUGCGGCGGCGGCGCCUCUUUGCCCCACUGUUCCCCUCCUCCAUCUCCGCCCCUGAGAGAAGCGCUCCCUCUCCUCAGCUGCUUCAGCCCCGCGAGGCAUGAAGAAGAGGAGCAAGCCUCCCUUUCUUCCCCCAUGGAGGUCGACAACACUACUACCUCCGACACCAGCGGUCGAAAAGACAGCUUUUCCCCCCGCAAUUCAGCGGAUGUUGUUGCCGAAGGAGACGACGAUGGGGACGGCGGCGAAGCCGUGACGGUGGCGCUCCACUUGGGGCUCCCGAGCCCCAGCUCUGCCGAUUUGAUCUCGAGGCUCUCCUCGGCAGAGAUCAGCUCGGACAAGGAGUUGGAUCAAGAGACCACCGCGGCUUCUUCUGGUUACUUCACAAGCAGCAGCAAGCUCAACAAGGGCCAGUACUGGAUACCCACCCCUGCUCAGAUACUCAUCGGCCCUACGCAGUUCUCCUGCCCUCUUUGCUUCAAGACCUUCAACAGAUACAACAACAUGCAGAUGCACAUGUGGGGACACGGGUCGCAGUACAGGAGAGGACCGGAGUCGCUGAGGGGGACGCAGCCAACGGCCAUGCUGAGGCUGCCGUGCUACUGCUGUGCGCCAGGCUGCAAGAACAACAUCGACCACCCGAGGUCAAAGCCGCUCAAGGACUUCCGGACACUCCAGACCCACUACAAGCGCAAGCACGGGAUCAAGCCCUUCAUGUGCCGGAAGUGCGGCAAGGCGUUCGCCGUGCGUGGCGACUGGAGGACCCACGAGAAGAAUUGUGGCAAGCUCUGGUACUGCACUUGUGGCUCCGACUUCAAGCACAAGCGGUCGCUUAAGGAUCACAUCCGGGCGUUCGGGAGUGGCCACACGGCUUACGGGAUUGAGGACGACUGCGGCUUCGAGGAGGAGGAGGUGGCUACUUCUGAAAUUGAGCAGGACAACAAUUUCGAGAGCUCCAAGUGAUUGAACGAUUAUGGGGUGUCGAAGUGUUGUGGUUGGAGGAUGAUCAGCUGAUCCAUCGUUGAUGAAACUAAUUUUUUUUUUUUUACACUGUUUGCGGUCCGAGAGUGACGAAAAAGAGAAAAAAAAAAAAACAGACUUUGGACCCUUAGGGCUCUUUUCUUUAAUCUUUCUCUAGCUUAACGACGACUUUCCUUUGGAAAUUUACUUUUAAUGUAGAUCUUGAAUGGAGAUGUGUUAGCCUUUGA